CAAUCGUAACUCGCUUCCUCAGUCCUCUCGAGUCUCUCAACCGCCACAAAAACCCUAAACCCUCAAAAUCACCAAUAAAAUCAAGAACCCUUCCAAAAAAAUAAAAAACCUUCCUCUCCUCAGAGCUCUCUUUCUCUAAUGGCGGAUGUAGAAACCUCACCAAACCCUGACCCUAGAACCCCCUCCCUCUGCGACGAGUGCAACUCAACCCCAUGGAAAUACCGCUGCCCUGGCUGCUCCCUCAAAUCCUGCAGCCUUCCCUGCGUCAAAUCCCACAAAUCUCGCACUAAUUGCACCGGCAAACGAAAUCGAACCGAGUUCGUUCCCUUAUCCCAAUUCGACGACAAUCUCCUCAUCUCUGAUUAUAAUUUGCUGGAGGAGACGAAGAGGGUUACGGAAUCGGCUCGUAGAACGGCGGGUGCGAUCAAUGGGUUUCGUGGGUACAUUGGAUUCAAGUUGCCCAAGAGCCUGUUGAUGCUUAGGAGCGCGGCAAAUAGGAGGAGAACAAAGUUGCUCCUCUUGCCGCCGGGGAUGUCGAAGAGGAAGACGAAUCAGUCUCGAUAUGAUUGCAGGAAGAAUACUAUUUCUUGGACAAUUGAAUGGAGGUUUCAUGGAACAGAUGUUGUCCUAGUUGAUAAUAGAGUCGAUGAACAUGUCUGUUUGUUCUCUGUGAUUGAGAAACAUUUAGCACCUACUCCAUUGAAAAAUCAGCUUAGCCCGUAUCGCAAUGUACAAAUAGAAGAUUUGAAGUUUUUCAUUCGGAAAAACCCAAAGGGGCUGAAGUCACCAUUUCGGGAGCUGGAUAUAAAGGCCCCUAUAGACAUUCAAUUAGCUAACGUUGUUAUUCUGGAGUAUCCUGUGAUCUUCGUCUAUCUUCCUUCACAUAGCUAUGACUUCGAAGUGGAAAAAUGUGUAACACUAUCAUCUAAGAAAGAAGAAUCUCCAAGACCUUUUGACAGGAAGCUGAGCCCAAAGGGAAACUUGUUCAUAGAGGAGGAAAUAGAAGAAGGUGAAGUUUUCCCUGAUACUAUUGUCACAGAUCUCAGGGGUCAAAUGAAUUCAUUGACAAGCCCUAAUACUCAGAUACCACGAGAAGCUGCUAAUGGAUUAAGGCCUCAUUCUUUUCAAAAGAACGAGGCUAAAAGAAAUUGCAACGGUGCUGGAAUCCUGCAUGAUUACAAUAUGCAGGUAUCGAGUACAAUUGCGGAAGGUUCAGUGCCCUUAGUUUCUCCAGUGGAGAAAGGUGAUAUGUAUAGCAACAGGCUAUUAAAUUCACUGGAGACUUCAGGAAAUGCUACCUUUGACUUUCAGCAAGAACUUAGAGAUGCUUAUUCAGAUCUCAUUGGAGAAAUAAAUCCUGACGAUUUCUUGUGUUUGGAUGAUGGGUUCAAUGGAAUGGAUAAUUUGGAAGUGUUCUUGGGAGAAGAGGAACUAGAGGAAGGAGAGAUUCCCAAUUAAUGAAGAAACUAUCAGGCAACUGUUAAAGAUGUUCGAGUUAGAUACUUCCUACUCCAAGUUUAAGUGACAGAAUCUGGC